AGGGCAUGGCGCUGGCUGGCAGGGCCGUGCCAGGCCGGGGGAACCUCGGAAGGCCGUGUCCAUUCAGCAUUGACCAUAUCCUGUCCAGUCCUCCCCCGCCGGCCUUGCCCCACUUUGGCCCACAGACCCAGAUCAAGAGUCCUGAGCCGCCCAGGGGGUCCCGGUCUCCCGGAACCCAUCCUGAGGACCCAGAGGAGCUGGAGGAGCCAGGACCGGCAGCCUGUGGCAUCUGCUGCUGCUGUGCCCACCACGCCGGCCCCCACCAUCUGCAGGAGCCUGCUGUCUGGCUGGAUUCCAGGUUUCCUUGGCCACUGAGGCUGCUUCCUGCUACAGGCCGUGUGUGCAAGGGGCCCCGGGGCCCCCCAGCUGGGACCCUGCCCCCAUUUCAGCCCCUGCAAAGAAGAACCCGGAGGCACCGAACCAUCUUCAGCGAGGAGCAGCUGCAGGCCUUGGAGGCCUUGUUCUUGCAGAACCAGUACCCAGAUGUGGUGGCGCGAGAGCAUCUGGCUAACCGCAUCCACCUCAAGGAGGAGCGAGUGGAGGUCUGGUUCAAAAACCGUCGGGCCAAAUGGAGGCAUCAGAAGCGGGCGUCGGCCUCGGCCCUCAUCCUGCAGGGCGCUAAGAAGGCCCCCAAGGAGAGCUGCUGAGGGGA